UACGCUAAACUAAACGUUACGCACAACGUGAAGGAAGAAGGAAAAAACAUCGUAGUCAUAUCUGUAUUUGCCAACCAAUGGCAUCUUCGGCGAUAGUUGCUGGCCUUGGUCUGGCUGCUGUUGGAUUUGCUGGUCGUAUGAUUCUACGGUCUGCUCCCACAGUGACGACAAAAUUUAACGAAAUACUCAAGCAGUUUCCUAUGGAUUCCGAGUCUCUACUUGGUAGCCGAUACUACAAAGGUGGCUUUGAUGCAAAAAUGUCCAAACGAGAAGCGUCCUUGAUACUUGGUAUAUCACCCACAGCCAACAAAAUUAGAAUAAAAGAAGCUCACAAGAGAAUUAUGCUUGCAAAUCAUCCAGAUAGAGGAGGUUCACCAUACCUAGCAGCCAAGAUCAAUGAAGCUAAGGACUUUAUGGAUAAUCUAAAAUAAGUUUGGAUCAUUAUGUAUGAAUUCUAAACUUCACUGUAAAUAUUAUUCCAGAUAGUUUAUUAAAAAUAAAGCUCACAUAGAUUCAA